GGAGAAGAUAUGGCCUCGCGAGCGCGGCUCGCGCAUCGCUAUCGAGUAUCGAGGCGAAUGGUCAUUACGAAAAAAGUAGCGUGAUCGCGGCGUCUUAAUUUUCUGACAGCUCGCAAGCUUCCGAUUGUUGUGCUUGCCGCAAAAUUGCUAGUGAUGCUGUCGGUGGGUUGCAACAACGGCGGUCCUCGCGACGAGGUACACCCAAUGUUUUUCGAUGAAUAUCAAAGGAACAAUCCAAUGAAAAAUGACCUCAUCGGAGCAAGAUUUGAUCAAGACUGCUCGCAGGAAUGCUCACUACCCAAUGAAUACUGGUUAGAAGGAUCGAAGGAAUGGACCUAUACAAUGAGAAGGAAUAUGCAGGAGGUGGUACCUGGCUUGUUCCUUGGUCCGUACAGCGCUGCCAGCCGCUCCAAGUUACAGGCUUUAUUAGACCAGAGAAUAACGCAUAUAGUCUGCGUUAGGCAUGCGAUCGAGGCAAACUUUAUAAGACCAAACUUUCCUCAGCAGUUCAAGUAUCUAGUUUUGGAAAUCGCCGAUACGGCGACGGAGAAUAUCAUACAGCAUUUUCAAAAGGUCAAGUUCUUCAUCAACGAAGGCUUAAGGUCGGGUGGACGCGUUCUCGUUCAUGGAAAUGCCGGCAUUUCCAGAUCCGCUGCGUUGGUUCUAGCGUACGUUAUGGAAACGUACGAUCUUAACUUGAAACACGCGUACACGAUAGUGCAGCAGCGAAGAUUCUGCAUAAACCCGAGCGAGAGCUUCAUGACGCAAUUAAAAGAAUAUGAACCGAUCUAUCGGGCGCAGAAAAUGCUGGGAAACAAUCUGCAGAGCUUAGAGAGUCAACACAACAAACGGACGUUCCAUCAAGUAGAUUCCGAUAUUCCGAUAGAGGAUAUGAGAACAGAGUGGACAGUCGAUGAUAAUUUAAAGAAGGGAAGAGACCAAAGUUACCAGCAAAGACUCGCGUUAUAGAAACGUAGGUCUGCGUUUUCUUGAGCUUCUAGCAUUUUUCUUUUCUUCAAUUGAAAAUAAGUAUUUACGACUGUUUAUUACCUUGUUAAAAUUGUUUAUUAUUCUUUUUAAUAUUUUAGUUUACUGAAAUCGCAACUGAAAAUUUUAUCGUUUUCGUCAAGUCGCACAAGUACAUUUCUUUUACGUUGAAAAUACGAUAGCACAGUUAAAAGAAGCGAAUCUACUUGAGCUUCGUAUCAACGCCAACACAUUCUCGUUAUUAAUAUUUGCGAGCAAAAUAUUAAUAUCUAAAAUUGUUUUGUUGUUAAUCAAAAUGAGAAAGCAUGUUGCGUCUCAUUUUAUAGUUUAAGAAAACCGGAAAAUAGUUAGAAAAACUAUCAUUAAGCGACUACUUUGAGAAAGAAAAUACGUCAAUAGGAUAUCUAACAAGGUACGUAAGAAUUGUGUUAGGUCCAACGUUAAUCCUCACCUUUUAACUUAUUGAAACAAUAAAUUGCUUAGGACUAUUAUUUAAAAAUUCGACAAUAAUAUAUAAACGAUAUUUUCG